AUUCUGCUUCGUCGGGCCUUUUAGUAUGAUGUAGUGCAGCGAGUGAUGUUUUUAGCAGAGGUCAAAUCGACCAGCUUAUUAGUGCUCAUGGGAACUAUGCUCUAAAUUCUUAUUGGGAUUAUCAGGUGUCAUUGGGAAGUUGAACGAAAAGGAAAAAGAGUUACCAGGAAGUAAGUUUCCGUUGCAGAAAAAAAAAUCAUGUGUCCUUCACAUUUACUACCAGUGCAGUGGUUUGUCGUGUAAUUACAGUUAUAUUCAAAUACGGUUAAGCUGCCAGUUAAUUCGUGUAAGAAGUGAUCGUCACCAAUUUGUCUUUUCUGGGAUAGUCAACGUAUAGAGAAGAAAACGUUAAAGCAUACAAAAAGAGCAUUGCGCAUAGCAAUAUUGUAGUGUGGAUAACUAUACAAACACCAUUAAAAGUAGUCCACUAAGGAUUUUUUCUGAGCAAUUGGAAUUUCUGCUAAUCCAUCUGUCGUAGUGUUCAUAGCGGUUGGAACGGGUUAAACUAUGAUGCUGUAAAGGUGGCCUUAAAGAAGCUGAAAUCCUCAAUUUAUUGUUGAAAGAUCAUGUGAUCGGCUUGCUGAUGCGCUAAAUUUGCCGGGUACGCGUUGGUGUGUGUGUGUGUUUACCCCGAACCAUGGCGCUACGAUUACGUAAGGAUGUUCAAAAGGCGUCCUACUAUGUGUGGUUCCUCGGAGCACAGGAAGCGAAAGGACUCCGGGGUUCACGGAUUCUAUUGCCGAUAAUCCCGAGGCUGAUCGAGAAGUCCAAGGAGCACGAACCGCUUAAAAUCACCUUGCAAAUAUCUCACAAGGGAUUGAAAAUUAUUCAGGGUUCGGCUAAGCAUUUCAUUCCCCACGGUGCUAUAACUUGUUCUGUCCAGGCAGAGGAUAUUGUAGCGUGCAUUCUGUUGCUGUACAAUCCGGCCACCAAGUGUCCUCUUCACGUGCAUGCAUAUCGGUGCGAUUCGGAGGCAACCGCUCGGGCACUGAACGACCAGCUGCAGAUACUGAUCAAUAGACCCGACAAUCAGAAACGCUUCGCCGAGCUAGAAACUAGACUGGGUUUACCUGCGCAAUUAACAACAUCAGUGCUGGCUGCGGCUCCAGAAAGAAAGCAAUCGAAGCAGCAGAUGCCGAGACGAUUCGAUUCGCCACGUAGAUUUGACUCAUCCCACGGAAGUGAUACCGGUACUAGUACUCGGGAGUCGGAGUGCAGUGAAGAGCAGCAGCAUUCUCCUUCCAGUCCUUUAUCGCCAAUUUCUUGCCAGUCUAAACUGUAUGACUCAUUGGCCGCCGAGUUGCGGGAAAAGCUGAGUGGAGGCGUUCCAUUGCUGCUACCGGCCAAGGAUUGUGAUAAGUCAACAGGAAACGAUUCGAGGAGAUGCCGAAAUCCUUGCAUCGUUGGAUCGGUAACAUCGGUUGGUAACAAGCAAGGUGUUUCAUCCCGUGGAUCAUCCGGCAUUGGAUCCGAUUUGGCUCCCAGCCCAGAGCGACAGGAUGCCCAUAGUUCUAGUGAGGAAGAAUGGGUGAAUGAACCAGAAGCUUCUAUGAUUAGUUCAUCACAUCAACGUGUUUCGAACGCUAGAGCAAAAGAGAGAUACGUCGAGGAGCCAAUGUCUCGCAUAAGCAAGUAUCGCGAACCUCCAACGACUUACCUAUAUCCGAACGUCCGACAAGACAAUCAUGCCCGAUUCCAACGUUCUUCCAGCAGAGAAGAAGAUAACAGUCUUCGCGGUUCUGUCAACUCUCGUGAGGAGGAAGUGAAGCCUAUUAUUACAAAACCAACUCCGUUGCAAGGUCGCUUCCGCGAUGCAUUCAAUGGUGAACCAUUUGCGGUCGAAGAUCGUAAGAAGAAAAUUACGAUUGAUGACAAGCGCUACGAGCAAGAAGAAUUUCGACGAAAAUCUAACCAUUCGGACAGAUAUCACGAAAAUGAGCAAGAAGAAAACUACCACUUCAAAAAAUCAUCUCCUGUUGGUGGAAAAUACUACGAUGGAUAUGAGCACGAGAAAAUCCAUUAUCGCGAAAACCUUACUGAUCGCCAAAAGUAUCGGGAGAUUAUUUCCGAAAAUUCAAAAUAUUGCGAUGAGCCUCCCAAACGGGUAGGUUAUCGAGACGAAUAUAGAGAAUAUUCACCCGAAAGAAUGCAUGGCAGAGGGAAAUACUCACCGACCUAUGAUGAUCAUCGAGAUUUCAAGAUAGAGCGCGAAUUUCGCGAUCGUGAUCAUCCUAGAGUACUGUCAAACAGAGAACACCAUUACGUGCGUGAUGAUAGUCCUGAAGAUCGGUAUAGAACGGGAUUUAAUGAUCAUAGACCGUAUAGAGGAAACGAACCCGUAGGUUAUCCCGAUGCGAUUGAUAAGAAUAGCAAACUACCAUUCAAAUCUUCCGAGGAAUCGAAACGUAUCCGGGAUAGGUAUGAUGACCGAUGGGAACGACAGCCCAUGUACCCGGAGGACAAUGCAGGUGAUGAUAAAUAUCGAGAUAUUGCAGCUCGCUAUCGUGAAGACAUUAGAAAGUCGCCCAUUAUGAAGGCUUCGGAUUCUCGAACAAAAUCAGUAGAAAUCAAAACAAGCUCACCAGAAUCUACGAUUCGUAAAAUAUCGCCAAAAGACAGAUUCCAAAAUGCCAAGGAAAAGUUCCAGCAAAUGGAACGUGACCGACACGAACAAGAACGUAUCGAACGUGAACGCCAAGAACGGGAACAAGUGCUUCACGCAAAGCGGGCGGCUGAGGCUCCCAGGAGAAGUUCUCUUGAAGCGGUGGUUGUGAGUUCACGUGACAGCAAUGAUUGGAGCUCUGAAGAGGAAGAGAUUUCGCCUAGAGGACAUAUACGGACAUCUAAUAGUGUUGGUUAUCGUGAGGUAGACACAGGCGAUCGCUAUCCGGCAAUGGAUCGUGAACCAAUGCCAGCUCGUGUAAUUCCCGCUAAAAGUCUCGGAAAUCUGAACAAAGGCUAUCGCCAUAGCUACGCCGAACCAAGGGCUCCACCAGUUUCACGAAGCAGUGGACGGGUUGGACUAGCUGCGGUUAACCCCUAUUGAUUCCGCACAUGUGCUGAUGUAAAAAUGGUAUGUCUACUUUCGUUCGAUGGCCAAUUGUAAUUAUAAAUGUGCUUAAUAAUCCAAUUACUACAGUAUCGCUCAUGUUGGCCUUGCGACAAAUUGAACUACAUAGUGAAUAUUAUUUAGCCUGUGCUCACGUAGAAUAACGGAAUACUUGCAUGUUUUGAAGUGCCUUAUAGCAAUAAUCAGAUUAUAAACUUAGAAGUGUCUGCUGUAAACCUGGAAGUAUUGACAAUAAA